AGUUGGCUUACAGAAGUUUAUUCGUUUUGCAGUCUGUUGCAGUUUUUGUUGUUGUUGUUGUUGUUGUUGUUGUUGUUUUUAGAAAAGUCGAGUAUAUUUAGAUUUAGAUUAGCGUUCCACUUGCGGUUUAACGAGUCCUGCAGCAGCGUUUCCUUCUGACUGCACUGAGUUUUACUCAUUUAAAAGAAAUGCUUUCGACUUUGUCUUCCACGAAAGUGUCCGGCAGUUCACAGUGUAUCAGGGUUGGGAAAUAUGUCUUACAUGAGAAAAUAGCGGAAAACGUGUUUAAAGCUGCCAACGUGCACAGCGGCAAACAUCUGUUCUGUAAGGUUUUCCCCAUUAGUAGAUAUUCCCAGUCCCUAGCUGUGUACUUUCACCUUCCUGUUCAUCCCAACCUAAACCAUCCAUCUGAAAUUAUCCUUGGACACUCUACAGCCUAUGCAUUCUUUGAACAUAUGUAUGGCCAUUUGUACAGAUAUGUUCAGUUCUCAAAAGCCUUGUGUGAAGAUGAAGCCCUGAGCCUGUUUCAUCAGGUGGUCUCUGUUGUGGCACAUUGUCAUAAUAACGGUGUGGUUCUCCAUAGUCUGAAUCUGAAGAAUUUUUCCUUUAAAAAUGUUGAGAGAACCCAGCUGACACUGUGCACCCUUGAAGAUGCAUUUAUUUUAGAGAAGGAUGAUUUUGUAUCAGGCAAGCACACUUGUCCAGUCUAUAUAAGUCCAGAGAGCCUACAGCCUGAGAGUACAUUCUCGGGAAAAGCAUCCGAUGUGUGGACUCUUGGAGUUAUAUUGUAUACUCUUCUGGUUGGGUCAUAUCCGUUCAUUCACUCAAACCUCAAUGGUCUGUACAGAAAAAUCCAGAAGUGCAAAUUUAAUUUCCCAGAGAUGCUCUCACCUAAAGCCAAGUGUCUCAUUUGUAGUAUCCUUCGAUCAGACCCUUCAGAGCGACUAACAGCAGAUGAAAUCUUGUCCCAUCCUUGGUUUUCCUCUAGUGGUUACUCUCAAUAUAUGUGGAGGAAGAUGUUCUACAGAGAGGAAGAUCAAACAGUUCCAUCUUUAAAGCAAAUUACCAUAAACUGAUUUUUGGAUGUGGCUAUACAUCAGCACAGAUGAUACAUGCACAUCUGAAACUGCCUUUAUUGGUCUAUAGAGGAGACCCUUAGUGUAUAUAUAUUUCUUGUUAGUUAAUAAUUUAGGUGAAAUUUAUCUCUAUUCAUAUCUAAAUGCUUAUAUUGUUGUACAUAUACUACGUUUGUCAUUUUUAUGUAUGCAUAUACUGACUAUAGAUUUAUCCAGUGGUAUUCACAAUUUAUCAGACACGCUUCAUGAAUAUAAAGAAGCCAGCAGAGGAAUUCUCACCAGAUUUUAUUUGUCUGCUCUAUUAUUGUUCUCAGCACAGCAGUGACAGUGACAUGAUGUGUGUUGGACUGAUAUAAGUUGCAACAGUGUAUACAUUUUACUA